AUGUCAUCCCAAUCUUCAUCUCCUCUCACAAUCACCGGUUACAGUUUCAUUCUUGCCGCUGAUAAUCAUCUCCAAAACGGUGAAAAGACGACAUAUUUGAAUGUGGAAUAUUCAUAUUCUGGUUCCACCCAUCACGCCCAAAUUCCAAUGCACAAAGACGAGUUUGCCGAAAUUCGUUGUGACCUGAAUUCGAGCAGAGUUAUCGAUUAUUUGAAGGCGAAACAUCACUAG